ACACGAGCCUUUGCCCAUAUAUGGCCAUGAAAUUAAAAUUAGCUAACAAAAAAAAAUUUGUUUUUGUUUUUUUAUUUUUUGGUAAUAAAAAAUUUUCGUUUUAGGUAACAAAAAUUGUUUUUCUUGUUUCAGAAAACACAGGGAAAAACAGAUGAAAAGCAAUUUUCGUGUUUAAAAAAUUUAUUUUUUUGGCCAUAAUCCAAUAAACCACAACGUUCUGUUCUUCACUUUGCCCUUGUUGUCCCUCUGCGGUCCUUCCUGGCCUUCUUUCUGAACCACAUCCAUGGCUUCUUUGUUAGCUAACGGUAUUUCAAGCUUCUCUCCCCAGCCCACUUCCGAACCAUCCAAAUUCCCAAAAGGGUUUCGUCCAAAGCUUGAAUAUUUGAAGCUUCCGAAUCGGAAAUCCCCAGCUCCGGGAAGAAGAGUCAUCAGGGUCCAAGCAGAUGUUGGAUACGACCCAAAAACUAUAAUUUCCGAUCCGGGUUCUUCGUCAGGUAAGCUCCCCAUCCCAGCAGCAACUAGUGCAAAUGAGAAAAUCCAGGAACUGCUUCGUAAUCGUGAGUACAAUAAGAAAUAUGGGUUCAACAUAGACAUCGAUUCCUUUGCGAUUCCGAAAGGACUUUCGAAAGAGACGAUUGUCCUCAUCUCUUCUCUUAAGCAAGAACCCGAUUGGAUGCUCGAGUUUAGAUUGAAGGCUUAUGAGAAAUUCUUGAAGAUGAGAGAACCCAAAUGGUCGGAUAAUCGAUACCCACCAAUUGAUUUUCAAGAUAUUUGUUACUACUCUGCUCCUAAGAAAAAACCCACCUUGAAUAGCCUCGAAGACGCCGACCCUGAGCUUCUCAAAUACUUCAAUAGAUUAGGUGUACCCCUAACCGAGCAAUAUCGAUUAGCAAAUGUCAACAAAACUGAUAUUGCUAUAGACGCUGUUUUAGAUAGCGAGUCUAUCGCUACAACACAUAGGGAGACUUUGCAGAAGGCCGGUGUUAUUUUCUGUUCAAUAUCAGAGGCUAUUAGGGAGUACCCAGAUUUAGUUAGAAAGUAUUUAGGGAGAGUAGUACCUAGUGAGGACAACUAUUAUGCGGCUUUGAAUUCAGCUGUGUUUAGUGAUGGCUCAUUUUGUUAUGUUCCAAAAGACACCAAGUGCCCAAUGCAAAUUUCCACUUAUUUCCGCAUAAAUUCUGCGGAAACUGGGCAGUUUGAGAGGACUUUGAUUAUUGCUGAUGAUAGGAGUUUUGUCGAGUAUUUGGAGGGUUGUACUGCACCUUCUUAUGAUAGGAACCAGCUUCAUGCUGCUGUGGUAGAAUUGUAUUGUACUGAAGGCGCGGAGAUUAAGUACUCCACGGUGCAGAAUUGGUAUCCGGGGGAUGAGGAAGGCAAGGGAGGGAUUUACAAUUUCGUCACGAAGAGGGGUCUUUGUGCAGGGGCUCGCUCAAAGAUAUCUUGGACCCAGGUGGAAACGGGUUCUGCUAUUACAUGGAAGUAUCCGAGUGUCGUUUUAGAGGGAGAUGAUACCAUUGGUGAAUUUUACUCGGUUGCUUUGACUAAUAAUCAUCAGCAAGCAGAUACAGGGACAAAGAUGAUUCACAAGGGAAAGAAUACGAGGAGUAGGAUUAUCUCGAAGGGCAUAUCAGUUGGCAACUCGAGGAACUGUUAUAGGGGUCUUGUUAAGGUUCAGUCCAAGGCAGAGAAUGCUCGAAACUCCUCGCAAUGUGAUUCUAUGCUUAUUGGUGACCAAGCAGCUGCCAAUACUUAUCCAUACAUCGAGGUAAAAAAUCCUACAGCUCGUAUUGAACAUGAAGCCAGCACCUCCAAAAUUGGCGAAGAUCAACUAUUUUAUUUUCAGCAGAGGGGAAUUGACUAUGAGAAAGCCAUGGCUGCCAUGAUUUCUGGGUUUUGCCGUGAUGUCUUUAAUGAGCUUCCUGACGAGUUUGGUGCUGAAGUGGAUGCACUGAUGAGCCUGAAGCUUGAAGGAUCAGUGGGUUAAGAAAACAUCAGAGGGUUGGUUAUCACGGGUCUAACUCUCUCAACUUUUCCUUGCACUUAGUACCCCUUUGCUAAGUCAGCCUUUCUCACAAGCUUGCACAAAUGCAGAAGCUAGAGAAGAAGUGUAGAAAGGAAGUGUAUGAAGUAAGAAAGUAAGCCUUAUUCACAAGCUUGCACAAAUGCGGAAGCUAGAGAAGAAGCGUAGGAAGGAAGUGUGGGAAAUAAGAAAGAAAGAGAUCUUGAGAGAGUUUGAGAGAAUGUAAAUACUUGUAUUACUCUUGGAUAUAUUGCAAAUAAAGAUCCAAUCUUUUUAUAUAAAGGACUUAGCUCCUAUCACAAA